AUUACAUAGAUCUUACUCUAGAUGGUGAAGAUGAAACUCAUGAUGGAUCUUAUAUUAAUACUAAAAAGUCGCUGGAAAAUAUUCAAAUGAAUUUGACUCCUAGUUACUCCUAAAAAAAGACUGGCAACGGUAUGAUCGCAUUGGGAACAUAUAAGUUUUCUAUAGACCUAUACGACGUAAGACGACUUCGUGUGGCCGAUGCACAUUGUGGCAUUGCGUAGUAGCCGAUAUAGUAGCGUUAUGUACGAUAUCGGUAAUGUCGUAGUGCCGUCGUUAAAACCCAUUUAAAAAUAAAUAAGACGCACAGUAUCGCAAGACACAGUCGUAUUGAAACCAAACACUAAUUUUAUCUGUUUAUUUUAUCUAAUUCGUUAUCAACAUUUCUUUAUAUUGUAGUUUAAGAAAUACUGCACUAUAGAAUAUGCGCAUGUUGACUACUGCAUGAUUUUGCUCAGGACAUAUAGGUCUAUAGGCUAGCACUACAGUAAAUAAAUUCACGUGAAUAACUGUAUUAUAUACUUAUAUUAAUAAAUGUGAAAAAUAAUACAAAAAAAGACAGUACUUAUCUUAUAGUGAAAAGUGAAAAAGUGUAAAAAUGAAACGGGCUUCAUCUCUUCAAAAAGAUGUAAAAAAAUCUUGCAAAACAACUUCUUUGUAUAGUUGGCUGAAUCUAAAUAAAGCAAGUUGUUCGAUCCAGUCAAAUUUAGCCACACAAAACUCAGCAUCUCCUGAGGAAUCUCAACUGGUUAUCGGAACCAAUUAAAGAAAAAGAAAUAAUCGAAGAAAUUUCGGAAAAUGAAAACUCAAAUGAAACCCUCACACAAGAAAUUCCAAUUUCUAAACCUGAAGCAAAUAAACAAAACUCCAAUGUUUAGGCAUUUGAGCAUUAUCACCGAGAUGGUAAGCACUACGUAAAAUGUAAAUACUGCAACAUGUUUCCAAACUUAGUAAAGCUUCAUGGAACAAUGACUCGAUUGCUUGCGAUAGUAACAGAUGGUACUAGAUUUAGAAACGAUACGAUAGAAAAACAUAUUUCUCAGAAAUAUCAUUCGGAGUCUGUGAAAACUUUUAGAUUAUCUACUUUAAAAGUACCAGAAAAAGCAAAAGAAUGUACUAUGGAUAACAUACUCACACAAAUGAACGAAGACCUAGCAAAUAAAAUUGGCGGAUUAAUGAUACAUACAUAUACUGACGCAAAAACAAUUACUCUCAGUGCUUACUCAUUUCCAUCAAGAGUUGUUACUUCCAUAGCUGCUCAAUUGUUUCAAGAUAAAAAUGUGAGUGUUCUGUGUGUUCCUCUAGACGUAAAUUUUCAAUAUUUGACCCCAACCGCACAUAAAGAAUUUAUUCAGUGUAUUACUAAAAGUGAUCAUAGUGUGCAAAAUAUACUGAGCUCUAACAUUUUAUCGCUUUCUUUGGAAUGUGAUGGCAGUGUGGACCGCAUGCAAAUAGACAAGAUAUGUGUUUUUGCAAAAGUCAUAAAAAAAUCUGGUGAAUCAGUUCAAUAUUUCCUUGGGAUAAGUGAACCAACUUGUCAAAGUGCUGCGGUAAUACUUGGUGCAAUAGAGAACGCCAUCGAUACUACUGUUGGAGAAGGAAUGUCUAGACAACUUUUUGAAUUUGCCACCUCUUUGGUAACAGAUUGAGCAGCAGUGAACACUGGUUGUAGAGCAGGGUUGUGGGAGCUCUUUAAGAAAAAGUACAAGAUUAACUCAAAUCUUCCUUUCAUUACCAUAUGGUGUGCAGCACACAGAUCGGAUUUGGCUUUCAAAUCGAUUAGUAAUUGUAUUGUAGAGUUGAAAUAUAUUUUUUCAGAGUAAGUUGGUUUAAGCUUCAUUCUACACUCUUCCAACUUAAGAACCAAGCAUCACCAACAGAUGGCCGAAAAAAAUAAAUGAUCUCUCUCGCGGUUGCCUCGUUUAUUUGAAGUGCGGUGGUCCGAAUUUUCGUUUGAUUUAAUCAAUUCAGUUUUGGUUUCUUGGAAUGCUUUAGUAUUGUUCUCGAAAGAUUGUUCUGACAAAGAGGCAAGAGGAUACAGACUUUUUUUAAUCAAUUAUAACAAUCUACAAAUCCUGACAUUUAUUGCAGACGUAUUGAUGGUUUUCAGCAGAUAUUAGAAAAAACUGCAAUCUGAUACAAUUACAAUUUUAGACAUGGACAAAGAGACAGUGAACGUUAUAUCCAGGCUUAAAAUAUUAAAAAUGGAAACGUUACUUGGUGGAUGGGUGACAACCUUAAAAGAACAGUUAGAAAUUCAAAGUGAAAAUGAGGUUUUACUAAAAGGAGAAGUCUUAACAAGAAAUCGAAAACAUCGUUCAAAGGAACAUCACAAGUUUGUUUCUCAGAAUCGAGACUACUCUGCAAUCUGCAAUGAACUUGUGGAUUCUCUUGUAAAUUUAUUGCAGGAAAAAUUCGAUAUUGAUGCGGAUACUGUUAAAAUUUUGAAAUCAUUCACUGAGCUAGUGCCGUCCGUUGAUAUGAAAGCACUUCAUAAAUUGAUAGGAAGCAACUUAGAUCUUGCUGAACUUUCAAAGGAAUAUUCGGAGCUUCUCACUCAUCAAAAUAUUGAGCAGUUAAAAAAAAAUCAGCUUGAAAGAAACUCUUCAGGCUUUAGUGAUGACAAAUUUUUUUCCCAAUGUUUCUGUUAUAAUGGGCAGAAUUGUUGCAGCAAAACCUCAUUCCGCUGAUGUUGAAAGAGUGAUUAGUGUGAACAAUUUGUUGAAAACCAGCAAUAGAAGCAGUCUAAGU